UAUUUUUUCAAAAGAAACUCGCCUGUAUUCCAAUGUUUUGCUUUUAAAUGUAUUUGGCAGAGCGAUGCGUGUUUGACGCUCCUAGGGCCAUGACGGUCACGUGAUCUUUGCCGUUUGCCUGCGUAUGCCACAACAUCCAGCCGUGUCGAGUGCUAGUAGUCUGCUUCGAGUCAGUGUAUGACCACUAGCAAGGAGAUACAAACAUAAUGGAUUUCAACGUGAAGAAAAUAGCCUCUGGUGCUGGAGUGUUUUUCACGCGGGCUGUCCAGUUCACAGAGGAGAAGCUGGGCCAGGCGGAGAAGACAGAGCUGGACGCUCACUUUGAGAACCUGAUGAUCCGCGCAGACUGCACCAAGCUGUGGACGGAGAAAAUCUACAGACAGACUGAAGUCCUGCUGCAGCCCAACCCAAGUAUGCCAUCACCAGUGGCGUUUUUAUAUGUACAAAAGGGGUGGGGCACCAAAAACUUAGAUGUCUAUAUAUAAGCUUCUGCAGUGAGG